UCCCCCCCCCCUGGAACCCCCCCUCUUGCCUCCCAGCCGUGCAAAUCUCGCGAGGAAACACGCGGUUUCACUAGUGUGUUUACACCGAUCACUACUAAUCCGGACCGAACCGAUCCGGAUUAAGGGGCCGGAGGCGGGUCCUGGGCACCAGCGGUUCCGACCCCCCCACCCCCGCCCUCCGCGCCGCACCCGAGUGGCCCCCAGCCGAUCGGGCCCCCACUUCCCGGCCCGACCCAGGCCCUUCUGCGCCUCCCUUGGCCUUUGUCCGGCGCCAGGAGGCCGGUCCCGCGCCCCCCGCGGCCGCCCGGGCCCGGGCCCGCGUCAGGCGCCUGGCUCUGUACGCGAGCUCGGGGAUCUGCGGCCUCCGCGGCCCCCCUCCCCCGCCCGCCCUCUCGUGGAGCCCGGCGCCGGCGGCGGCUGCCCGGGCGGGGGGUUGCGGCGCUCAGGAGAGGCCCCGGCUCCGCCCCGGGCCUGCCCAGGGGGAGAGCGGAGCGGUCCGCAGCCGGGUCGGGUCGGGGCCCCUCCCGAGAGGAGCGUGGAGCGGCGGCGGCGGCAGAAAUGAUGGAAGAAUUGCAUAGUCUGGACCCACGAAGGCAGGAAUUACUGGAGGCCAGGUUCACUGGAGUUGGUGUUAGUAAGGGGCCACUCAACAGUGAGUCUUCCAACCAGAGUUUGUGCAGCGUGGGGUCCUUGAGUGAUAAAGAAGUAGAGACUCCGGAGAAGAAGCAGAAUGACCAGCGAAAUCGGAAAAGAAAAGCUGAACCAUAUGAAACUAGCCAAGGGAAAGGCACUCCUAGGGGACAUAAAAUUAGUGAUUACUUUGAGUUUGCUGGGGGAAGCGGGCCAGGAACCAGCCCUGGCAGAAGUGUUCCACCAGUUGCACGAUCCUCACCGCAACAUUCCUUAUCCAAUCCCUUACCGCGUCGAGUAGAACAGCCCGUGUAUGGUUUAGAUGGCAGUGCUGCAAAGGAGGCCUCGGAAGAGCAGCCUGCUCUGCCCACCCUCAUGUCAGUGAUGCUCGCCAAACCUCGCCUUGAUACAGAGCAGUUAGCACCACGGGGAGCGGGCCUCUGCUUCACCUUUGUCUCUGCUCAGCAAAACAGUCCUUCUUCUACGGGUUCUGCCAAUACAGAACAUUCUUGCAGCUCCCAAAAACAGAUCUCCAUCCAGCACAGACAGACCCAGUCUGACCUCACAAUAGAAAAAAUAUCUGCACUAGAAAACAGUAAGAACUCUGACUUAGAGAAGAAGGAAGGAAGAAUAGAUGAUUUGUUAAGAGCCAACUGUGAUUUGAGGCGGCAGAUAGAUGAACAGCAAAAAAUGCUGGAGAAAUACAAGGAACGAUUAAACAGAUGUGUCACCAUGAGCAAGAAGCUUCUUAUAGAAAAGUCCAAACAAGAGAAGAUGGCGUGCAGAGAUAAGAGCAUGCAGGACCGCUUGCGAUUGGGCCACUUUACUACUGUCCGCCACGGAGCCUCUUUUACUGAGCAGUGGACAGAUGGCUAUGCUUUCCAAAACCUCAUCAAGCAACAGGAAAGAAUAAAUUCACAGAGAGAAGAGAUAGAAAGACAACGGAAAAUGUUAGCAAAACGGAAACCCCCUGCCAUGGGCCAGGCCCCUCCAGCAACCAAUGAACAGAAACAACGGAAAAGCAAGACCAAUGGAGCUGAAAAUGAAACGUUAACCUUAGCAGAAUACCAUGAACAAGAGGAAAUCUUCAAACUCAGAUUAGGUCAUCUUAAGAAAGAAGAAGCAGAAAUCCAGGCAGAGCUGGAAAGGCUAGAAAGGGUUAGAAAUCUACAUAUCAGGGAAUUAAAAAGGAUACAUAAUGAAGAUAAUUCACAAUUUAAGGAUCAUCCAACGCUAAAUGACAGAUACUUGUUAUUACAUCUUUUGGGUAGAGGAGGUUUCAGUGAAGUUUACAAGGCAUUUGAUCUAACAGAGCAAAGAUAUGUAGCUGUGAAAAUUCACCAGUUAAAUAAAAACUGGAGAGAUGAGAAAAAGGAGAAUUACCACAAGCAUGCGUGUAGGGAAUACCGGAUUCACAAAGAACUGGAUCAUCCCAGAAUAGUGAAGCUAUAUGAUUACUUUUCACUGGACACUGACUCGUUUUGUACAGUAUUAGAAUACUGUGAAGGAAAUGAUCUGGACUUCUACCUGAAACAGCACAAAUUAAUGUCGGAGAAAGAGGCCCGAUCCAUUAUUAUGCAGAUUGUGAACGCUUUAAAGUACUUAAAUGAAAUAAAACCUCCCAUCAUACACUAUGACCUCAAACCAGGUAAUAUCCUUUUAGUAAAUGGUACAGCAUGUGGAGAGAUAAAAAUUACAGAUUUUGGUCUUUCCAAGAUCAUGGAUGAUGAUAGCUACAAUUCAGUGGAUGGCAUGGAGCUAACGUCACAAGGUGCUGGUACUUAUUGGUAUUUGCCACCAGAGUGUUUUGUGGUUGGGAAAGAGCCACCAAAGAUCUCAAAUAAAGUUGACGUCUGGUCAGUGGGUGUGAUCUUCUACCAGUGUCUUUAUGGGAGGAAGCCUUUUGGCCAUAACCAGUCCCAGCAGGAUAUUUUACAAGAGAAUACUAUUCUUAAAGCUACUGAAGUGCAGUUCCCGCCAAAGCCAGUAGUCACACCUGAAGCAAAGGCAUUUAUCCGGCGAUGCUUGGCCUAUCGAAAGGAGGACCGUAUCGAUGUCCAGCAGCUGGCCUGUGAUCCCUACUUGUUGCCUCACAUCCGAAAGUCAGUCUCUACAAGUAGCCCUGCCGGAGCGGCUAUUGCAUCAACCUCUGGGGCAUCCAAUAACAGUUCUUCGAAUUGAGACCAACUCCAAGGCCACAAACUGUUCAGCACAAAGUGGACACAUGGCAUCAGCAGUGGGUUUGGAACAUAGUGAAUCCGAAUGGAUUUCAUGAAACCUGUACCAGGUGCUUUUAUUUUCUUGCUUUUUUCCCAUCCAUAGAGCAUGACAGCAUCGAUUCUCAUUGAGGAGAAGCCUUGGGCAGCUCUGGCCAGGCCUCAUAGGAGAAGGCCCCGCCCGAGGUUCCGGCGUCAACGGUCACUGUGUGUGACUGCUCUGAGUGAGGAAAAAUUAAAAAGAAAAAACUGGUUCCAUGUACUGUGAACUUGAAAACAUGCAGACUCAGGGGGUUCCCUGAUGCAAUGCUUCAGAUGAAGAAUGUGGACUUGAAAAUACAGACUGGGCUAGUCCAGUGUCUAUAUUUAAACUUGCUCUUUUCUUUUAAUAAAGUUUAGGUAACAUCUCCUGAAAAGCUUGUAGCACAAAGGCUCAGCUGGGGAUGGUGUUUGACUUCGGAGGAAAAAGUUGCUAUUGCCCAUUAAAGGCACUAGAGUUAGUGUUCUAUCCCUAAAUAAUUUCAAUUUUUAAAAAAAAAACAUGCAGCUUCCCUCGCCCCUUUUUUAUUUUUGAAAGAUUACAUUUGGUCAUAAAGUGAAACCCGUAUUAGCGAGUACUUGGCGGCAAUGUUCAUUCCAGUCAGAUGCGGCUGCCUCCGUCUGCUCUCCCGCUGGCAAUUGCCUCCCUCACCUCAGGGAGAAAUGGCGUGGGAGUUCUGAGACGUGUGGGCUUCGCCAUCGGACAAAGAAUGGGGUUAGAAGGCUGCAGCUGGAAGCUCUCUAGGUUUUCAGAUAUUUCUUCACAAUUUGAACACUUGACGGUUGUCCCUUUUAAUUUAUUUGAAGUGCUAUUUUUUUAAAUAAAGGUUCAUCUGUCCAUGCAGUCCUCCUGGCUUCUCUGAAUAUAGUAACUGUCGAAACGGCUUCUAGAGGUAGACAGAAGGCUCGGGGCUGGGCAGCUCCUCCCUAUAGUCUGCUCACAGGAUGCUCUACAUUUCUUGUUAACCAUGCUAUUAACUCGGUCAGCCCAUGAGCUUCCCUCUCUCUAAGAUCUUUGGGGAGAAAACAACCUCUCCCAGGUGUCUGAAUUCAAUGCGUGUGCGCUGGUGUGUGUGUCUGUGAGUGUGUACACACUUCUAACUCACUUCAGUGGAUUCAUCUAGUGGGAAUUAAAAAAAAAAAAUCUCAACGAAUAUAGGUAUUUCAGG